GUGUGUGUGAAUGUUUCUCUCCUCACUCUCUCUGUGUGCUCGUCUGCUGCGGUUAUCAUGGACAAGCAGUCUUCAUAUCAGCAGGUGACAGAGUGAAGUUACAUCAGGAAAGCGUCAUGAGCACAGAAAAAGAGCGCAGCGUCCUGAAUGAUGCUGGCGAGGAGAAGGAGCUGGAGGAGCUGAGGGCUCAGGUGCUGCAGCUCCUGCUUGAGCUGGAAGAAGCUCGAGACACGGCUCAGAAACACGAGGAGAGCUUUCUGGAGCUGCAGGGUCUUCUUGAGGAGGAGCGUUUAGCUAGUGCUCAUCAGGCCGAGGCCUUCACGAGACAGAUCCAGCGUCUGCAAGCACAGCUUCGCUCUGUCCAGGAGGAGAUGGACAGUCUGGAGGAGGAGAAGGAGAGCGAGCUCCUGGAGGCGCAGGAGGAGCUGCGGGCGGCGCAGGAGGAGGUGCUGCUGCAGCAGCAGGCGGCGGAGGAGGCCGCGGCCGAAAGAGAGAACGACAUCGCCAGUCUGCAGGAGGAGCUCUGCCGCUUACGGGCCAAAACCUCACGACUGGAGAACACGGGACAGGAGUACGAGCUGGAGAUCGUCACGCUCCGAGCGGAAAUAGAGAUGAAGAGCCUGAGCCGUCUGCAGCAGAGGAAGGAGGGUGAAGUGGGUCUGUUGAUGGAUGAAUGUAACAAUCUGAAGGAACAAUGUCAUGCGCUGCAAGAUGAAAACACAAGACUGAAUCACAGACUGCAGAUGCUGCAGAAGAGGAGUUCAGGCAGCACCUGCAUCACCGUUCAAGAAGAGCAGGACGAGACAGAAGAGGGAAAACACAUGCAGUGCGGCACAGAGACAGAAACGGCGAGCUCUUAUAUGAGCUCCAACUGCAGGCUGGUGGAUGCUGGGAUCCAGAAGAACAUAUCGUUUGAUGGCAAACCUGUGACCCCCACCAGCUGGACAGGAGGUUUCUCAGAGAUCCUCUCACUGAGAGAUCAGCUCAAGCAAACAGAAGAGAAGGCCACACACGAGCAGCGAGAGUGCAACGGACUAAGGAAUGAACUAGAAAAUCUGCAGGAAAUGUAUGAGACCAGUCAGAAGGAGCGAGCCGAGCUGGAGCUGGAGUUACUGCGCUGCAGGGAAGAGCUGGAGAGAGCUGCUGAAGUCAAAGAGGAAUGAUGCUAAUAAAAACAUUGAUUUGCUGCCGGCGGUCUGAACUGCUGUAUAUUGUGGAGAGCAAAAGCUGUGUUCUCACCUGAUGAAACCACACGCUACGAUCAACACUCAUCACAGCCUCUACAGUAACAUCUGGAGUUUAAUGGUGUUUUUGUUUGUCUUUUUUGCAAUAAUAACUACCUUCUAAGACAAAAAUGUCCCGCUUAUAUUUUUCCUAUAAUAUUGCACAUGUACUUCAUAUUAGUUUAGCAAAUGUUUUUGACUUAUUCACCAUUUAGCUACUGAUUGUCUUGUGCUGGCUUAUUGCAAAUAUCUUUAAUUAUUAUAAGAUUAUAUUAUAAGAUUAAGUAUUAAACAUUUAUUAAUUGCAACAGGCCAAAAA